GCCUCAGGAUUCGCUUGCCAUUCCCCCAAAGGCCACCUUCCUCCGUUUGGGCCACAAGAAUCACUCGCAAUGGACUGCUUUGGGAUCCGCCUCCUUCGUCCUCAUCUCGGGCGGAAUGAGCUUGGCCUGGGGAGCAGGCUUCGCAGUUCACUCCGCCCAUCGGGAUCAGCUCCUGCUCACAGUGCACAUGCAAAUCGCCUGGUACGCAACUGCCAUAUUGGGAGCCCUUUUUGCCGCUUUUUACACCCACCGACUGCCACAGCAACCCAUCUACAUACUUGGCUCGUGCUUGGUGAUCACAUCCGGAAUAUUAUUCCUGGCUUGUCCGGAGAGUCCUGGAGCCAUUAUAGCCGCCCGAUAUCUGGAUGGGUUGGCCAAUGGGCUGGUUUUCGUGCCUGCCCUGAGUACAGUGGGUGAGAUUGCGGUGAGCGAGAUCCGAGGUCUUCUGGCAUCCACGGUGGAACAACUCAGCUCGAGCACUGGCAUCCUGAUGCAGCUGAUCUACACGGCCGUUUGGCAGGCGGACUGGAACGUGAUCAUUGUUGCGGACCAGGUGCAUGGGGUUCUCUCCAUUAUCUACGGAGUGAUAGCCUUGGCACUAGCCCUAACCCUCUGUGUGGAGUCACCGGUGCACCUGCUAAUGCGGUCCAACGAACAAAGGGCGGUGUCUGCUUUGAGACACCUGCAACGACCCUAUAUGGUGACUAGUGAAACACUCCUGAGACUGGACGAACACAAACUGUAUGUGGCUGAGAAUCGGGAGUUGUGUGUGUGGUUGAGUCUACAGAAGGGACUUCCACCGCUACUUAAGCUCCUGGUCCUUCGAUUGUUGGGAGUCCUGUGCCUGAACUACAUCAUCUGCUGUGCUCUGUACGAAACGGCCAGCCAGUUGGUGAGCUGCUUUCCUGCCUGGCCCUAUGUGGUUUUCGGAGUGCUGCGGUGGUGCGGCUGCUUUUUUGUGGUGCUGCCGAUGGACACCACUGGUCGCAAGAAACCCACUCUCUUCGGCACCUUUUCCACCGGAGCCUUUGCCAUUGCGUUUGCCAACUUGUUUGGCAGAACGCCUCACAUGAUCACCGCACUGGUGAUGCUCUUCAGUUUGCAAUUCUUCGCGGGAUUGGGACAGUGUGCCUCGGCAGUUUACCUCACGGAAGCAUUUCCCCUGGGAAUAAAACCACACUUGGUGGCUGUGGUUUACAUACUAGAGUUAGUAACACGACUGCUUCUGUGCAGCUUUCCACCUUCAAUAGCUGGAAUUACGGCGUACUUUCAUGUACUCGGCUCACUUUCCAUGGUUUUCUUCCUUCUGGGAAUCUUUUGUCUGCCGGAGACUAGACUUAUAACUUUGGCAGAGGCACAGCUUAAAUUUUCCAAGUGGUUCAACAAAAACGACAAGUUUGCACCACCGCCGAUGGGCUUUGUUUCGGCACCACCACAGCCAGGAUAUCCCCAGUCAGGAUAUCCUCAGCCGGAUUACACACCAGCAGACACCUACGGAGGUCCUCCGCCACCACCACCUGAGCCGAAUCUGAACCAUCCCACCAGGGUGGAUCGCCCACGCGAAGGAUGUUUCAAGCGCAACCAAAAGAACAAGCCCCAAUCGAAUGCCGUGGGCUCAGCUGGUAUCAUCUUCAUCUCGGGAGGUAUGAACAUAGCGUGGGCUGUUGGCUUCCGAGGACCCAUCGCCUACUAUUCCACCAAGCACAACUACAUAGCCUGGUUCAUUGCGGCCAUUAUUGGAGCGCUGAUAAGCUGCGCUCUGGCCAACAAGGUGGCCAAGAAGUUUGUCCUGCUAUUUGCCUCCGUCCUGGUCGCCGUGGGUGGAUUGAUCAUUGCCUGCAGCCACAAUAAUGGACCUGCCACCGUUGCCGCUUGCUAUUUGGAUGGCCUGGCCAACGGUCUGAUUUUUGCUCCUUUUGUGGCCCUGGCUGGAGAGAUCGCUGUGCCCUAUAUGCGGGGUAAGGUCAGCGCCAGCUUGGAGCAGCUGUGCUUUGGCACCGGCAUCCUGCUGCAGAUCGUGUACGUCAGCUCCUGGACCUAUUCCACGUACACAUCGUACAAGGAUUUCACCGCCGAGAACAUGAAGGGAGUGCUGAGCGCCAUAUACGGAUUUAUGGCCCUGAUUUUGGGCUGGUUCAUGACCAUUGAGUCGCCGGUGCUGAUGCUGGUCAAUAACGACGAGCAGGGCGCCAUUGACGCACUGCGUCGACUGCAGAAACCCUCCGUGCUGAGCGAGGAAACCUACGAUCAGCUGGCGGAGCACAAGCGCUACUUGGCCCAAAACAAGGACAUGUCGUUGGGUCAGUCCAUUUCCCAGGCCCUGCCCACCUUCAUCCGGCUCGCCUAUCUGCGAGUCCUGAAUGCGAUGAGCCUGUCCAGCCAUGUGAUCAUCGCCUUGGCCCUGUCCAUCUACGCGUCGUAUGGACUUGCAAGUGCGCAGGGUUGGUACAUAGGAUUCGCCCUCUGCCGCUGGCUGGGCACUUUCAUCCCCUCCUGCUUUAUGGAGUCCCUGGGCCGCAAGAAUCCCACUGUGUUUGGCCUGCUCCUCUGCUGUGGAAUGUCCUUUGCCCUGGGCUCACAGUACGAUUUGUACACCCUGCUGAGCAAUGUGACCAUCCUGCUGAUGGUGUUCCAGUUCUUCGCGGGAAUGGCCUCCACGGCCACCUCAGCCUACCUCUCGGAGGCCUAUCCCCUGGGCGUCAAGCAGCACUUCAUCGCCUUCACCUUCGUCACCGAGAUGUUCGUCUUCCUCAUCAUCAGCGUGUGCGACUUCAACCUAAUGCAGGGAUACAACUACUUCUAUGUCAUGGGCGGCAUGUACCUGACUGGCUUCUUGCUGGGCAUCAUGACACUGCCCGAAACUAAAAUGCUGACCUUGCGAGGCGCCCAGCAGCGGUUCAGCAGUUUCGUCAACCUGCUCCCAUGCCAAAUGGUUAAAAUAAUACGCUCGGUCUUUCCGUCAAUCAGUACCGAAUUACCCACUCGCAGGGACGGUUGCUCCCUAAAAAAAGAAAAAUCGAACGAAAUGAAGAACGAAGCACAACCAGAAACGUACCCAGCCGCCACUGGCUUUGCAACUGCACCGUCGCAGCCAGGAUAUCCCCAGCCAGGAUAUCAGCAGCCAGGAUAUCCCCAGCCAGGAUAUCAGCAGCCAGGAUAUCCCCAGCCAGGAUAUCCGCAGCCAGGAUAUCCCCAGCCAGGAUAUCCGCAGCCAGGAUAUCCCCAGCCAGGAUAUCCUCAGCCUGGAUAUCCGCAGCCUGGGUAUUCCUGGAAUCCAGCUCAACCACAGGCUGGAUUUUCGGCCUAUCCGACACCUCCACCACAGUACUACGGUGCACCACCAAACUACGGAGCACCGCCACCACACCCACCGCCACAUCCCCCCCAGCACACCACCUCGGUGGUGGUGAACAGUGGCUGGUACAGUCGCAACCAAAAGAACAAACCACAAUCAAACGCCGUUGGCGCAGCAAGUCUCAUCUUUAUCUCUGGAGGAAUGAACAUUGCGUGGAGCAUGGGCUUUCAUGGAUGGCUCUUCUAUAGCACAAGCAAUCACAAUUUUAUAGCCUGGUUUAUUGGUGGCAUCAUUGGAGCGUUACUGAGUUGUUUUCUAACCAACAUGGUGGCCAAAAAGCAUGUGCUGAUUUUCAGUUCAGUUAUGGUGAUGAUUGGUGGUAUAGUGACAGCCUGCGCGAGAAGCAAUGGCAGUAUCGCUUUAGUGGGUUCCUAUAUGGAUGGCAUAGCCAAUGGACUGCUAUUUGCUCCAUUUAUGGCCCUGACUGGCGAGGUUUCCGUGUCCUAUAUGCGGGGUCUGACGGCGGCCAGCAUUGAGCAGAUGUGCUUCGGCCUGGGCAUCUUCCUGCAGAUCAUCUACACUACAUCCUGGAAUGCUUCGACCCCCCACCCAUCGAUCUACGCCUUUACGGCUGAGAACAUGAAGGGGCUGCUGAGCUCUAUCUACGGUCUGAUGGCCUUGAUAAUUGGCUCACUGCUGUGCAUCGAAUCGCCGGUGAUAAUGCUGGCCAAGAAAAAUGAUGAGCAGGGGGCCAUCGAUGCCCUGCGGCGACUGCAGAGGCCCUACACUCUGACCAACGAGACAUUUGAGCAACUGGCCGAGCACAAGAAGUACUUGGCCCAGAACAAGGAUCUUUCGAUGUGGCAGACCAUCGGACAGGCCAUUCCCACCUUCGUGCGACUGGCCUUCCUCAGGGGCCUGAAUGCCAUGAGCAUCUGCAAGCUGGUAUACUACACCCUCGUGUACACUGUCGCCAUUCAGUAUGACAAUGGCUAUGUGGGCUGGCUCAUUGGGUUCGGCGUCUGUCGCUGGAUGGGCAACUUCAUAGCCACCUUCUGCAUGGAGUCAGUCGGUCGCAAGAAGCUCACUCUCCUCGGCCUGAUUGUUUGCAGUGUGAUGGCCUUCGUGAUUGGAGGGCAGUACAACUUGUACUAUACAACGGGCAACUCCAUAAUGUUGCUGGUCUUCGAACUCUUUGCGGGAAUCGCCUUCACAGCCACAUCGCCGUACCUUUCGGAGGCAUAUCCCCUGGGAGUAAAGCAGCCCUUCAUCGCCUUCACCUUCAUCGCCGAGAUGCUCGUCUUCAUAGUGCUGACCCUGGUCACCUGGAGUGGUCUUGUUGGUGCCACAUACUUCUUUGCGAUGGGAGGAAUGUACAUGUUCGGCUUUUUCUUCAGCUUUCUCUGCCUGCCAGAGACCAGAAGGACGACUUUGAGAGAAGCCCAGGACAAGUUCAGUAGAUUUAUCAACUUGGGUUUCUAGUCUGAAAAUCCUUUUCGUUUUACCCAUGAGUCACUAGAGAUAAUAAAUAAAUAUUUAUAGCUGCUACACAAGCA